AUGUCAGAUCCAAUGGACCCAUUAUCUGAAGUAAAAGACCCAUCUGUUGAUGAAUCAAAGCUUACUGAGCAGGAGCUCAAACUUUACAGAAUGUACGGAAAGAUUCCGAAACGUUCAGAGAUUUUAAAGUCCAAAUUCAAGGACAGGAAGUUUUUUGACUCUGGCGACUACGCCAUGUCCAAAGCUGGAGUAAAGCAAGGGGUGGAAGUGAACUCAUCACUGAAUCCACUCAAGUUGUCUGGUAUUGAAGAAAUCAGCAGGGUGAACAGGAAUUCUAUCUGUAACGUCAAUAACCCACUUGUUAACGGCAAGUCUCAUUUGGAACGAGAGUCUACGAAUGAUCAGUAG